AUGAAGCCGGAUAUCAAGGACCGUGAUUAUAUGUACAGGCUCAUUAUCGGGCUUAUUCUGAAUGGAGGUGUUCUCGAAAGUGAUGGUUUCACUAAGUUUAGGCAACUGUUUUAUGAUGGCCACCAGCAACUAGCCCUUUCACUGGCGCAGGCAAUUGGAUGUGCUGCUCAACCACCACCUCCGUCGGACAAGCUCUUCCGUCUGGUGUCCAUCGCAAAGCAAUUCGUCGAUGAUCCAGAAUCGAAGGAGAAGCAAGCGAUGCAGGUAGGAUUGGAAAGUGGCUUACUUCUGAAUUCGUUACUGCAGUUUGACGUACUUUCUGCUGGCCUGGACCUCGAAUUCGACGCCGAUGUUAUCCCAACAUCUGCGGAGCCUUGCAACUAUGAGACGAUCUACCUGACUUCUCACAAGGCUGCAUGUCGAACAGCAGCGUUCAACAAUGAUGGAACACUUGUCGCUACUGGAUCAGCUGAUUGCUCAAUCAAAAUUUUGGAUGUUGAAAGGAUGAUUGCACGUGAAGUGAGAGGAGAAAUAAGCGAAAACGGACCAGAUGCGAAUCACCCUGUUAUCAGAACUCUCUACGAUCAUCUCGAUGUGAGUGAAAUGUAUGAUUUCAACACUUCGUCUCAAUGUUCUAUGGUUAAGGAAGUUACCGUUGUUGCCUUCCAUCCACGUGAACAGAUCCUUGUCUCUGGUUCGACGGAUAAAACCGUCAAAUUGUUCGACUUUUCCAAAACUGCUGUGAAAAGAGCUAUGAAAACGUUAUCGGUAUGCAUUUCGCAUUUUACAGUGAUUUAUUUACCUUUAUCGGUUUGGUCUACAUUUGAUAUCUCGCUUAUUUGCUUUCACCAAUAUUUUCUGUUACUUCUUUCCGACAUCUAGCA